CGCGUUAGCCACAACAGCUAUCACCACGGCUGCCACCAUAGCAUCCACGCCCGCCUCCAGCAACUACUCGAAAGUCAGCGAUUACCCGUACGCUGAUCUUCACCAGCAUCAUACGCAUCACUUCGCUAGCACAGCGCCCCUGACCAGCGCGGAAAGCUUCAAGCUGCGUUCUGAGGAGCCAGUGCCGGGCUUUAGCUCGGCCUCUCCAUGGCCCACGCUGGAGCUGGGCAUGGAAUGGGGACGCAAAUUGUAUCCGUCCGCCGGCCCCAGAUCGGCGGGCGGUCUGAUGUUUGGUCUCCCACCCACAGCGGCAGAUAUGAACCAGCCGCGUGGCCCCAUGACAUCCCUUAAAGAGGAACCUCUAGGUGGCCGAUGGGCCAUGCAGCCAGUCGUCGAUCAGACCAACUUGGGCAUAGGUCGAGCACAUUUCGAGAAGCAGCCGCCAAGUAAUCUACGUAAAUCGAAUUUCUUUCACUUUGUGAUUGCUCUCUAUGAUCGUGCCGGACAGCCCAUUGAGAUUGAACGCACAGCAUUCAUUGGAUUCAUUGAAAAGGACUCGGAAUCGGAUGCCACAAAGACAAACAAUGGCAUUCAGUAUCGACUGCAGUUACUCUAUGCGAAUGGUGCCCGACAGGAACAGGAUAUAUUUGUUCGUCUCAUCGAUUCGGUGACAAAACAAGCCAUUAUCUAUGAGGGUCAGGAUAAGAAUCCGGAAAUGUGUCGGGUACUUCUGACACACGAAGUGAUGUGCAGCCGCUGCUGUGAUAAGAAGAGCUGUGGUAACCGCAACGAGACACCAUCGGACCCCGUCAUUAUUGAUCGUUUUUUCCUUAAAUUCUUUUUGAAGUGCAAUCAAAAUUGCCUGAAAAAUGCCGGCAAUCCACGGGACAUGCGAAGAUUUCAGGUUGUCAUUUCCACUCAAGUGGCUGUGGAUGGGCCAUUGCUGGCGAUCUCGGAUAACAUGUUCGUUCACAACAAUUCGAAGCAUGGAAGACGUGCCAAGCGACUGGAUACAACGGAAGGUACAGGCAACACAUCCCUGUCCAUAUCCGGUCACCCCCUAGCGCCCGACAGUACCUACGAUGGUCUCUAUCCACCGUUGCCCGUGGCCACGCCCUGUAUUAAGGCGAUCUCACCCAGCGAGGGUUGGACAACGGGCGGAGCCACUGUCAUAAUAGUCGGGGACAAUUUCUUUGAUGGCCUUCAAGUGGUUUUUGGCACCAUGCUGGUGUGGAGUGAGCUGAUCACCUCGCAUGCCAUCCGAGUCCAGACCCCGCCAAGGCAUAUACCCGGUGUUGUGGAGGUGACGCUCUCCUAUAAGAGCAAGCAGUUCUGCAAGGGAUCGCCCGGACGCUUUGUCUAUGUCUCAGCUCUCAAUGAACCCACCAUUGACUACGGUUUCCAGCGCCUGCAGAAGCUAAUACCGCGCCAUCCCGGCGAUCCGGAGAAACUGCAAAAGGAGAUUAUCCUUAAGCGCGCCGCCGAUCUGGUCGAAGCUCUCUAUUCAAUGCCCCGAUCACCAGGAGGCUCCACCGGCUUUAAUUCAUAUGCUGGUCAGCUGGCAGUUAGUGUCCAAGACGGAUCCGGCCAAUGGACCGAGGAUGACUAUCAGCGCGCCCAGUCGAGCAGUGUGAGUCCUCGAGGUGGCUACUGCAGCAGCGCCUCUACGCCGCACAGUUCGGGUGGCUCGUAUGGCGCCUCGGCAGCCACUUCCGCGGUGUCGGCCUCAGCUAAUGGUUAUGCUCCCGCACCCAACAUGGGCACACUGUCCUCCUCUCCGGGCAGUGUAUUCAACUCCACGUCAAUGUCCGUGUCGUCGACCUGGCAUCAGGCGUUUGUGCAACAUCAUCAGGCAGCUGCCGUUGCUGCCACCCAUCCGCAUCACUAUCCGCAUCCGCACCAGCCAUGGCACAAUCCAGCCACGGCAUCAGCUACUGCGACGGCCGUUUAAGCACUCAGUCAGAGGAUGAGAGUGAGGAUGAGGACGAACAGGAGAGCAGCAGCAGCAUCAGCACUAGCACCAGCAACAGGAACAGGAACACCAUCAGAGCCAAUGACAUUUUUGUUGAAAUUAAAUACUCCAAACGACCAAUUGCCCGACCGCCCGCUUAUCUACCCAAAGAACAGACACGAACCCAUUCAGUUACACACAUAUCGGACAGAAAGUUCUCGGAAAACGUCCUGGGAAUGGGUGAAACCGGACAACAUCGAGCGUCGAGCCGUCGAGUGGAUGUAAUUGAGCUUACACCUAUGUACACUACUUCCACAUCCAACACCACUACCACAACAUGAAAACUACACACGAUUAACGGAGUUAGCAGUUUAAGCUUCAAUCCCUUCGCCCUGCCCACCUGUAAUACCCAGGGCUAUAGCACCA